AUGCAAGCCCCCAGCGAUCCGGCCAACUUUGGGGUCUUCACGUACUACCCGGACGACCAGGCCACUCCAGAGCGGUCAGAGUUCCAAUGGUACUACACCGAUCCGAGGCUGAAGCUGGAUUGUCUCAGGCCCAGACGGACCCGGAAUGCUGUCAACGGACGACACCAACCUUUGCUUCUGAGGCCUUCCGUCCAGACCUCAGCUGCUGCACCUCGGAUCGGAGGCCGACUGAUACCCCAGCACCACCACCAACAACAACAACAACACCAGCUCCAUCAGCACAUCGCCAGCAAGAUCAAAGUCCACUCGUCCGUAUGGCGAGACAUUUCGCUGUCAUCCCGUGCGGGAUCGGCAGGGCCGGAUGCAACUUCGUUGAAGAGCCUGUCGUCUCAUUCACUCCUGGCGACCAUACCGCCUGCAUCAGCGCCCCAACCAGCGUCCUCUACGUACGAGCGGCUUCCUGAGAUUUCCGACAAAUCCCACCGUCGCAACGAGGCCGGUGUCGAAGCUUCGACCCCUACCCAAACCACAUCGCGAUCGCUGACCACGGCCGAGGCUCGCAGCGUGGGAAUCGUGCUUCAUUCCCACCCAGCCCGGGUGCCGCUCUUUGAUCCUCACAAGAAGGACAGCACACAUCGAGCCGGGAUCCAACCCGAGAGUUCCAGGGCCGAGGUCUGCCCGCCAGAUCCUCCCAUGGGCUUGCUGUAUACCCACGAUGCCCAUCGGCAUAUCCACAAAGACAAGAGCGCCCCCCUUUCGCUGUGGCAUCUCGAGGCUCGCAAGAUGUCCCAGCCCAUGGUUCAGCUCCCGGCCCUCUAUCCCGAGCGAAAGAUCAUCCCUGAUCGAUUGACCGUCACCCAUGUCCCCGAUAGUAUCGUUGACGAGCUCACCAAGCCCGUUUCCUAUCGUCCGGGCCCGUGGUCUGACGAUGUGCCCGAUGAUCUGGAUCUGAAGCUGGCGAUAUGCGAGCUCCGUCAGGAGGAGAGGACUUUCUUGACCGGCUUCAAGGACCUGAUCGACAAGGAGGAGUUCAAGGAGGAGCGGGGCCGGUCUCUUCGUCGGAAGAAAGACCGGAGGCUACAGAAGAGCCUCCAUGACAACGUUGUCAAGAUUGCCAUCUUUCGACACAAGGACGAUUACAAGCACGCCUUCCACUUUGAUCUGCAGCAGAAAGACUCGGGGCUGGAUGGUCCGGCUCUGUGA